AUGCCGGUCUCGGGUCGGCGGCACUGGUUGAGCGAAAGGCUGCUCCUGGUUGUAGCUGUGCCUGGAGUCGAUGCUUUUGCCUCGAAGGAUUGUUGGGUCGGAGGGUGGACUCCCGAAAUCUGCUGCAGCGCACCUGGGGCCAAGGGCAACCCUCUCUGCUGGGACUCGGUCUUCACUUACGACAGAUGUUGCACGGAGACGGAAGAAGGCAUUCAGUUCGACCUGCGUCGCCGAAACUUUGUGGCGGACAUGGUGCGGAGGGGUGCCACCGUCCACUUCGACAUUCGGCAAGUCUCUGGCGGCCGCACCGGCGCUGUAGCAUCCAGGACGCUUCCCGCCCGGUCGACGGUUCUGAGGGUCCCCUCCACCCAGGUCUUCUCACUGAAGAGUGUGCACUCUGCGGUGGUCGAAGCAUCAAGGCGUCAUAGCUGCGACGCCCACGCGAUUUUGAGCCUGGGCUUGGCGCUCGAGAGGGUAAAUCCCAACUCAGUCUUGGCGGACUGGAUCAAGCUCCUGCCUCUCACCUUUGCAAAUGUGCUGUGGUUCUCUGACAGGCAGUUGGACUUGGUUCAGAGGACUUUCUUUUCUUACAUUGUCCAGAAUUGGUUCGAGGACCUCGACUGCAUGGGUCGGGCUGCUAAGGAGAUGAACCCCAAUCUCUGGCGCGGUCGGCCGGUGACGAAGGAGGACCUCCGCUGGGCACUCAGCGUGGUGAAAACCCGCGGUUUCGCGUUUGAGGGCACCCGGGAGAGCACCAUGCUCAUACCGCUGGCCGAUUUUCUUAACCAUAACAUGGUUGCCAGCGUCAGAACUGCCACACUGGCAGAGGACGCGCUCCGAUUCGUCGCCACAAAGGAUGUGAUGCCUGGAGACGAGUUGUGCAUCGACUAUGCGCAGGCUUCCAAUUUGGAGUUUUUAGUCCGCUAUGGUUUCCGUGUCGAGGACAACCCUUUCGGCGGACGCCAGUUCGAGCUUGGAGGUGAACCGAUGCAGGUGAUGCCCACGCUCUGA